CUGGGAUGUCGCCACGGCCAACAUGGUUCGAAGUGCCGGCCGCAAGCGAAGGUCCCAUGGUGGCAUCCGAUUGAAUUCGAUUGACGAGCCAGUGGACGAAGCGCUGUCCCCGAUUAAGUUGCGCGCAAAACGGUCGACGUCAAAACUCACGUCAGACCAGGAGCGACUGCUGUCGCCAUUGGAUUUGGCCUACGACGAAUUGCCGACAGAGUUGAUGGCCGGCGAUGACCUGAAUCUUUCGAGAUGGACCCUUGUUGUGCACGACUCGUGCCUUGCCAAACUGGCCACGGUACAAACUCAAAUCGGAUGGCCGUCGUCGAAUCAAACUGCCGACGACAUUACCCCAAAUGCCAUCAUGACGUUGCUCACGGACUUGCGGAAGACGUCGCCAACUGUACCACCAAAGCAGCCACCGACCUCUGUGACUCUGAACCUCCAAGGCGCGGAGCUCGUCUCGGACGGGGGGGUUCGCCACGCCAUAGCCGCAUUAUCCAUUCGGCUACAUGCGCUCAACCUCAGCCGCACAACCAAGCUAACAGACGACUUGGUGCGAUGGGUGGCGGCGAAUUGCAAACACCUUCGCGAAAUUGACUUGAGCUACAUGGUGCAUUUGGGUGGCAUGGGCGUCUGCGCCAUUGGAGAGUCAUGUCCCCUUCUCCACGCGUUUUCUGUCCGCGGAUGCAAGCACAUUCCCGAGUUUGCACUGCUCAAGGUCGCGCACGGCUGCCCCUUGCUCACGCAUUAUGACAUUUCACAUUGUUGUCAUGCGACUGACUUAGUGCCGCGGACACUAGCUUCCACGUGCCACAACCUGCAGCUCUUUUACGCGCAAGGCUGCAAAGAGAUUUCAGACACGGGUAUUCUGUCCUUGUCCAACGGAUGCCCCGAUUUGCUUCACAUUGACCUCAGUCGCAGCGACUUUCAGUACAAACUCACCGACAUGGCGUUGUUGCCGCUGUCAGAACGCUGCAAAAUCCUUCAACAUGUCAACGUGUCAGGUUGCGACUACCUCACGGACGCAGGGCUGAGCUGGCUCGCGAUGGGGUGUCCUGCGCUAGCCCACGUCAACGUGUCUCAUUGCGUCAAGUUGACAGACUUGUCACUUCGAGCGGUGGCCGACGGUUGCAUCCGGCUCGGGCUUCUCGACAUCAGCGGGUGUCCUCGGAUGUCGGACAUUGGGCUCCGUUACCUCUCAGUGCACUGCCGGGACCUGCACACCCUUGGACUACGCAGUACGAUUCUCAUUUCGGACGGCUUGAGCCUUGGCCGCGAGAAUGCGCAAGGGCUGGCGGCACUCAGCCACGGUUGCAAGCGCCUGCAACACUUGGAUUUAACCAAGUGCAUUCGUGUUGACGACGCCGCGUGCAAGCAAAUCGGCCGCGGGUUCCACGAUCUCCGCACGUUGAUUCUGUUUGGUUGCUGUAGUGUUUCCAGCACGGGCGUUCGCGACGUGAGCCGCCAGUGCCACAAACUCACCCUGUUGGAUUUAUCACAUUGCCGCCUCGUUGACGACACCGCGUUGGUCGCCAUAGGCGGCUCGGAUGGCGGCAUGCCCCUACUGCAGUCGCUGCGGCUUCGAGAGUGUGAAAAGGUCACCACCGCUGGCAUCCAGCAGCUGUGCAAGGGCUGCAUCUACAUCCGCACGUUGGACUUGGCAGGCUGCCACCGCCUCGACGACAUGGCACUUCUCGCGAUAUGCGACCACUUGACCGAACUUCAGCACUUGUGGCUCGCGGGGCUGCAUUCGAUUACGAUCAUCGGCGUGUCCUGGCUGGCUGAUCGGUGCAUAAACCUCAUGGAGUUGGACGUGACGAACUCGGCCAUUUCGUACAUGGCACUCAAGCCGCUGCGCGCCGCGUGGAAGUAUGGCGACCUCCGCGAGCACGGCAAAGUGAGAGGCAUCGUGCCAAAAUAUCGAGCCAUGGACAUGAUGUUCCUCGACCACUAUGGCACGUGCUGGAAAGCUGCGAUUCGCAUCCAGUGUCUGUAUCGAGCCAAAGUGGCGCGCCGGGAUGCCGCGCGUCGACGGGAACAAGCGCUUGUCCACUGGGCCGCGUCUAAAAUGCAGAGCGUGUUCCGCGGCCGGCAAGCUCGACAGUACGCCGCGGUCCAGCGCAUGUUGCGGCGGCGACAGCACGACGCCGCCACGAGGAUUCAAGCAUCGUAUCGAGCCCAUGUCGCCCGAACGCUGGCCGAACGGCUGCGGAAACAACGCGACCGCGACCGGUACGUUCGCAUGGUGAUCCGCGUGCAGUCGGCUUGGCGACGCAAGAAAGCACGCGACGUGUUCAAUUCCAAGCGGCUACUCAAGCAAGCGUGGGAGGCGCGGCGGCAGAUAGCGGCGGCGGUGCUGCAGCGAGCGUUCCGGGCAUACGGGUGGCGCAACCGCAACUCGCUCUUCUCGACCGCGUUGAAAGCCAAGAAAGCCGAACAACAAGCCGCGGCCAACAAGCUUCAGUCAUUGUACCGCGGUCGCGCGGCGCGGCUGGAGGCCCAGCAGAAGCGCCAAGCGCUGAAGCUGUUUGAACGAAAAAAAGAGCACGCGGCGAUGUGCUUGCAGCGGGUGAUCCGGCGGCGGCGGGAGAACCGGCUGCACCAGAGGCGGCUGGACGAAGACGCUGCGGCUCGCAGCGCGGCCACGAAGAUCCAGCGCCGAUUUCGACGACGCCAAGACAUGCUGUCGUACCAGUUGAUGAAAAUUGGCCGCGAGUUUCAGCUGCGAACCGACGCCGCCUUGCGGCUCCAAGCGGCAUGGCGGCGUAAACAAGGACACAUGGCGAAGCACAUGCUACGGGUGCUCAAGGACGAGCAGUACCAACGACGAGCGAAUGCCGCGACCAAACUGCAAACUCGAUGGCGGGGUCGGCUGGGACGGGCGGCGGCAGCGCAAGCUCAACAAGCCGCCAUUCAGCGUCUUGUGCUUCAAACCAAGCUGGAAAACCACUUGGCAACGGUCAUUCAAGCGGGAUGGCGCGGCCAAAAAGGGCGGCAGCGGUACCGCGAGGCUGUGGACGCGCGGAAACGACGGUGGAAGGAAGUGCCCAACGCCGAAGGCACUGGCGCCAAAGUGUACUUUCACCAAGACACGGGCGAGAUUCGACAUCGCAUGCCACAAGACUUGCUGGACUUGCUACCCAAACCCCGCUGCAAUGACUGCGACGUCGAGGUCGCCAUGGUCGAAUGCGGGGAUUGUGGCGAGUUCUUUUGCAACGACUGCUGGCAUGCGAUCCACGCCGGAGGACGCCGCCGCAAGCAUUGCUUCCGCACGCUGUUCGACUACUAUGGCAAGCGGAUCGACUAUGGCGACGGCGAGUUCCCGUCUGUGUGGCCGUCCGAGAUUGCGCAGGAUGAACUGGACGGCUGGUAUCUGCGCACGAGCCCGUUCCGUGAGCCGAGCUUGGUGUUGGGCGACUGGGAAAAGUAUGUGGACGACACGAGUCACCGCGAGUGGUACUUCAACCCGACGACCAAAAUGAGCACGUACUUGCCGCCGAAUGCGUUCAAGGCAACCGCGGAAGACGUAGCCAAAGCGUGGGUGAUAAAGCAAGAGGCAGCCAACCACGUCGCAUAUUACUUCAAUGAACGCACGGGACAACGCACGUUUGAGCGACCGCCGACGUUUGUCGAAAAUGGCGAGACGAUGGGAGAAGCCGAGCUGGAUGAGGGAGGAUUUCGAGGAGGUGGAGUGGAUGAAGGCAGCACCGGAGCGAUCCAAGAAGCAGCGGCGACGAAUGAGGAUGCGACCCCGUACGGAAUGGACAUGGGCAACGGGUGGACGCAGUAUUGGGACGACACGUACCAGGUCUACUACUACUUUAACACCUACACGCAAGAGUCCACGUACACACCACCAGACGGCGCCGUGGAGAGCAUCGCGUUGUAGAGUUGUAGCAUAAUUUAACGAGUGGGGUCGAAUAAAGCGCGGUGGAGGCUGCUUUGGACAUCGCGAGAGUCUUGUGUAAAUUGUGUUGCGUUGCCCAUGUACCUGACG